CCAUUACUCUGCCUAGCAUUUUACAGAUAGGGAAAUUGAGGCACGAGGAGAUGUAGGCAUGCUAGCGCUCAGUCUCCUCUCUUACAGAUGGGGGAACUGAGGCUGGGAUGGAGACGCGGCUCCUCCCGAGUCUGGUCGAGAUAGUGGUAUCGACCAAAGCAGGAGCCGGCCCUUAUGGUGUAGUCUCCAGCUCGGAUUCUGGGGACCUCCCUCCCCACCCACCCCCCGGGGGCUGGAUUCAUCUUCAGCGAUUUUUAUUCCCUUAGAACCAAGAGGGAGCCUCUUUGCGGACCUGGAGGAUCCUGGAACUCCACUCUCAGAGCUCCUGGAGGAAUCGCUACACCCCCUGUUUAUGGGCAGCUCCUCGCCCUGUACUUACUACACAAUGAUAUGAAUAAUGCCCGAUAUCUUUGGAAAAGAAUUCCUCCUGCUAUCAAAUCUGCAAAUUCAGAGCUUGGGGGCAUCUGGUCAGUAGGUCAACGAAUCUGGCAGAGAGAUUUCCCAGGAAUCUAUACAACCAUCAGCUCACAUCAGUGGUCUGAGACCAUUCAGCCCAUCAUGGAAGCGCUCAGAGAUGCCACCAGAAGGCGAGCCUUUGCACUGGUCUCUCAGGCGUACACCUCGAUCAUCGCUGAUGAUUUUGCAGCGUUUGUCGGACUUCCUGUGGAAGAAGCUGUGAAAGGGGUCUUAGAGCAAGGCUGGCAAGCCGACUCCACCACGAGGAUGGUGAUGCCCAAGAAGCCAGGUUCCCUGGAUGUUUCCUUUAACAGAUUUAUUCCUUUAUCAGAACCUGCUCCUGUUCCACCCAUCCCCAACGAACAGCAGUUAGCCAGAUUGACUGACUACGUGGCUUUUCUUGAAAAUUGACUCGUCAUCGUCUUCUUUUUUGUUCAAGAUCAAACCUGGGAAUCCUGUGACCAUUUGGAAAAGCAACAUUUUUUUGGGUUCUGUUGGUUGAAGCGCCCCGACAUUCUUUAUUAGAACAUGGGAUAAAAUACAUACGUUAGUUACAUCUUUUUGGUCCUUAAACAUCGUGCUGAAUUCACCAUUGAACGGCUUCUUAGUCCCAUAAUAUUUAUUCCUUUGGAGUACAACAGUAUUAAGUGCUUGGGUUUUAUUCUGUAGUGAUUCCUGGUGGGGAAUAUACCAUUCUUCAGUGGAUUUAAAACACAGUAGUAAGUCGGCAAAGACAAUGAUCUCUUUAGUAGCAGACUGGCUUAAAUCUCAGCUCUUCUCUGCUCCUGUUUUCAGGGCACCCACUGCGGGCAGUGAGGAACAUGCCCCAAGAGGACAGAAGGGGCUCAGGAAGGGGCCAGGAAAGAGGGCGGCCUCCUCGGAGAAGCAGGGAGGGUGCUGGCCAAGAGGUGUGUGCUUACAUCAGAGCCAUCCGUCAAAAUAAGGGCAAUGAUGGUCUAGAACCUGUUCCCCGGGUGGCCUGAUGGGGCCUCCUCUUGACAGCCUCCUCCCGAAUGCUCUGGGGGGCCUUGGGCACUUGGUGUGGGGGAGAUGCGUUACUUGUAGUUUCACAAGGAAAGGAGAGCAGUGGUUCUGGAGGCCCGCUUGGAACUUCUGUUGUCGUGCCUCGGCUCCUCUCCGCUCCUCAGUCCUCGGGGUCUGUGGCCUGGCGCCAAGGACCACGUGGGCUGGGCCUUUGCUGAAUGUCUUUGCUGGUCAUGCCGACUUCCUAGGAAGCUGCUUAAAAAGAGGACGUUACCCAGGGGAGGGGACGGAUGCCGCACUGCUCGGCUCCCAGAACCUGUUCUUGAAUUCUGAGUGUGCUCUUGGCUCCCUGUUAGGACGGCAGCAACCUGGAUGACCUUUGCGAUUCGAUGGCAAAAUAGAAUAUUGCAAAUUGAUGAGCGACGGGGGUGGGACAGGAAUGGCUUCCCCUUUUCCUGCUGGUGAAUGGCAUUUACUGAGUACUUUUUCUUUUGGAGGUUUCUUUCAUUCACGAGACUGGUAGAUCCUGAUAUUUGUAGUAAGGUUUCCCUCAGUGCACUGUACUACUGUACAUUUUGGUUGUCUUUGGAAGGGUCCUGAAUUGUGCACUGUGCUUUUAAAAGUCAAUUAAACAUGAGUGACAGUUAAUCUCUCAUAGGAUAUUUAUUUGAACCCAUUGAAAUCCUGGAGCUUUUUAUCUGUGUUGAAGGAAAUGUAAUUGCGGUGACAUUAAAUAUGUUUACAUGAAGCCUC